AUGAGCGACCAGUCAAGCUUUGUACUUAUCAACAGAGCCAUCUGGACGGUGCUUGGUCUUGAAAAUCCACUUGCUCCCAACAACAUUGACUCCGCGCGGCCGUGGCACAAGAACCCAUGUCUUGUUAUGGUGAAGGGCAGCAAGCUCAUCAAUCAUCGCGGAGCAGCUGGAGGCGUCGCGGUCGAGGGAGCAGGGCUGCCCUCGACAGAAGGCGACGCGAGCUGCGAUGGCGAUGAUGGAGCAGCAUCCUCGAGCACCGGGGCAGGCGACGGCGUGUCAGUACGCGGGAGGGAGGCCGCCGACGGGCCGGGCGAAGCGGCCGGGGCCGAAGCCGGGCCGACCGAGCCGGGCGAGGCGGCAUCGGACGGGCCAGGCGACGAGGCAGCCGACGCGCCGGCCAGGCCAGGCGACGCGGGGACUAGGCCGGGCGACGCGGAAGCCGAGGUGCGGGGGGACGUGCAUGUCCCAUGCACGUCGAUCGCCACAGAGUGCGGCGCGGCGGCCACAUGGGGGCGGUGGGCAGAGGGCGUGCAUGCGCCAUGCGCGUCAAACACCGAGGAUGGAGCCGCCGUAGGAUCCUGCACAGCAGUAACAGAGCCUGAAACAGGCGUGUCAGUAGACAAAUAG